AAAGUAAAUGUAAUUUUUUACAAAUAAUAAUAGAUAAUAGGUAGGCAAUGAUGUCCCGGAACUGAAAAUGACUAACAUUCUUCCAAAUAUCUUUAAAUUUAUACAGGUAUGAAAUUACAUGAGUGUGAGUAAAUGAUGACAGAAUUUUCGUUUUUGGAUGAACUAUCCAUUUAACAAUUCUCACCCGUAGUGGUGUCGGUUUGCCGAAAUUUUAACGUUUUCUCACUAAACGAAAUCGUUAUCACUUAGUGAAAAAUCCCCUUAGUGCUAUGAGAGCGGAAGUGACCUAGUUGGCUGAGAUUUUAGCGGAAGUACGUCAUCGUCCCAUGUGCAUAUACCCCAUUAAUAAUAAUUCCCCCAAAAUGAUUACUAAAUAACACAAAAAGAAAAAAUAUGAUACAUAAUAAUAAAAAAUCAAAGGGUCUGAGAGCCGAAAGUAUAGACCGCUUCGGGUGAUGUAAACAAUCGCUGGUUCAACGCUGGUCCAGAAGAAGUUCCUGUUUCAGUUUUUUAACACUACACAAAUGUUUGAACAAAAUACAACCAACAGAACAUUUCUCACCGAAUCAAAAUGUUAAUCAAAUAUAUUAAUUUUAUUAUAUUUAUUACAUAUUUAAUUAUGUAUGUAAGAUUUAAAAAUAAAAUAAGUAAAAAUGAAACCGGAAAUGCCUCUGGACCAGUGGUCUACACUGGAAGUUCUUAAAAUUAUAAUACACUAUAAACAAUUAUACCUUAUAAAAGUGAUGAGUGUUUGUUUAUCAGUACAUUGUGAUAUGCGCUAACGUGUUUGGUUACAUGUGUUGACUUUAGUAUUGUGAAACUUGAGUUUGUGUCACAGUCUGUUGCUUGUCCAUGAGAGGCAUGUUGGGUCUUCAGAAUGACACAGCCGUUUGUGUGUUUAGGAUUUAUCAUAAUCUUACUUUACAUUUCCUCGCUGUUUUCAUUGGUAGGAUUUUCUAGUGUCCCAACCAAGAAGCCAAUCACAUAUCUAGGAAACAAAAGGUGUGUCUAGACACACAGCAGCUCAUUGGAGGAAGUCUGACUGGCACGAGUUAACUGCUGACCAACUGACCAGGCAUAGACUAUUCAUCACAGUCAAAUGACUAAAUAAUAAAAAGACUAUUAAUAGAUAAUGCUAUUACUAUAGUUAGGAAAUAAGUACGUAAUAAAGUUAUAUAGAUCUGAAGGGUUAUCUUUGUACUAAUGGAGCUAUUCAUAGAUCUUAUCAGAGAAUACAAAUUUUAGAUUCAAAUUAAUUUAUAAAUAAAUAAUGUAAUACCUCCUCUUGUCACAAGCACCAAAUAUCCUUCAACCAAUAAGAGAUGAUUAUUAAGAGAAAAGUGUGAAAAAUCAAGUUCAGGGAUCAUUUCCAAGAUGAGUACCCAUCUAGAGAUUAUUUUGCGUAAGAAAAUUAUCCCCAUUUAAAAUACUUUUCCCAGAGGGUCUCAUUCUAUGAAAAGGGAGGUAUUAUUUCGAGUGUUUGUACGUGUGUGUGUUCAUGCCCCCACCAGCUUGUCCAGCGCUAUCUGUCUGAUGUCUGCUUGAGGAAUGCUAUGUGACUAUGGUAUUUUUAGACUUGACCAGUUGAAAUAGUGAAGCUCAGGCCACGCUUAACAUUAACACUAGCUGGUGUGGCUUCAUGCAACACUUCGGUUGUGAUUCGAGCUGACACACUCACCUUCUGAAACAAGUACAGUCUAAACACUUCUCAUGCUGAAACCUAGAGCUUUUGAGAUGACCGCAGAAGACCAUAGCUCAACAUUGAGCUGGGAGGUCAUUGACUCUGUCCAGGAGGGCAAGUCUGCAUCAGGAUCUCCAUUCACAGACUCCUGGAUGAGCUUCAAACUAUUCCUUGAGGAGACUUCCUCUUUUAAACAGCAGAAUCCAGGCAAGUUCUGUCUGCUGGUAUGCAGUAUGUGUUCGUUUCUGGCAAUACUUGGCCGUUACAUUCCAGGGGUUGUUAUUUCAUACAUCUUAGUGCUGGGCAUUUUUCUCUGGCCCUUGGUGUCAUCACAUGAGUUUGGGAUGUGGUUGGAACCAGUUCUGCAGAAACUGGACUUUGGAGUGGGCGAGUUUUUUCAGAAAAUCAAGGAGAAUCAUGGUACGUCUCGGAGACACAACGAGAAAAGGAUACUUCAGUCACAAGUCGAGAAAGAGAGCAUUGAAGCGGAUCUGUCUUCCCUUUUCCCAAAGAUGGACUCCACCGUGUGCAAAGAGCUGUCGAUAUCAGACACAGAGGUCUCUGAAGUAACAUGGACUGACAAUGGUACAUUUAACCUUUCAGAGGGACACACGCCUCAGACAGAAAACUCAGACGACUCAGACCGGAGAAGUGAUGAGGAGGUCUUCACAGGUGGACUGCCUGAGUUUCCCUCGCUGGACAAUGGCUUGGGGACAAAUGGAGAGGAUGAUGAAGAUCUGAGCAUUGGAAUGCCCACCCCUCUGUCCCAUCCCAGCAGGUAUGGGCCCACACAGUCAGAAGAAGAACCUACAGUCCAACCCCUUGAGGUUAUGCAGAGGCUAGCAGGAGACAUGAUUACGGCAGCAGUCACGGCAGCAAUGCAGGAACGUCUGGAGGCCGCCGUACCUCCAGCGCUGGUCCAGGCACUGGCUGAGGAAUCAGACAGCGAGGCAGAGGACUUUGAGCUGUUGGACCAAUCAGAGCUGGAACAGCUGGAGGGGGAGCUGGGCCUGGACAGGGCAGACCGCAAUAAUCAGUCUAAGCCAAGUAAACCUUCAGGCUUUCUCUCUAAACUACUGGGACGAAACUGAUCUUAUUUAGAGGGUUUCCGCUUCCCUCUGUGAUGGGAUGUGGGUGGGAAGGUUUACAGGGAAUGGUCCAGAGUUAUAUCCACUGUUUUUACUGUGCUGGUGUGAUUCAAUUAAUUUGCUAUAAAAAAUAAAAGUCAUCUGGGGAGGGAGGUUAUUUGUAUGGGGGGGGGGGGGGUGUAUAGUGGCUUCAUUUGAGUGGGUUAUUGUAGAUGUUUCCCAUCAACCUUUCAAAGACCAGAGGGUUAUGGACCAGAGUAAUGUUUAGCUGUUAAAAGGCUGGUAGAUGCAGAAUAUUUCAUGUUUUGCUGCCAAAUUGUUUUUCUCUUCAUCUUAAAGCCUCCCACUAAUAGACAAUCAGCAGAAAUUUCUAUUUGACAUUGUUUUCUAUUUUUUAUUUUCUCAUGAAGGAUUUUUGAAAAGCUAAUGUAAUCCCUUGCAUGGAUAGUUCUGUUUUGUUUAUUGUUAGAUUUGUAUUGUUUUAUUUGCACCUUACUUUAGAGUGAUACAAGGCACUAGAGCAAACACACACCAAAGCUGAACAGAUUUGAUUUCAUAAGCAAGUUAAUUUAAUUCUCUUAAUUUAAAGGGUUCAUUUUCAGUCAAAUGUAAUAACCAAAAAUAUAUCAAAUCCCCAUGAACUGUUAAUCUGUAAUCUAUUGUUUAUCUUUCUGAUAAGGAAUAUUUCAAAGUGAUAGUUCACCAAAGAAUGAAAAUUCUGUCAUGAAUUACUCACCCUCAAGUCACUCCACAACCGUAAGACCUUUGUUCAUCUUCAGAACACAAAUUAAUUUUCUCAUUAAUUUUCUAAUUAACUCAGAGAAAAUAAAUGAAGGUCUUACGGUUGUGGAAUGACUUGAGGGUGAGUCAUUUAUGACAGAAGUUUUAUUCUUUGAUGAACUAUCCAUUUGUUUUCUGUAAGAAAGAGACCUGGCCUAUUAUUCGUAAAUGCCUCUUUACUUAAAGAUAUAUCCAAGACCACAUUUCUGUUCACAGUGAGAUUGGUGUUUAAUGCAUAUCUAAAUGUAUUAUUUCUAACAAACUACUGAUGUAUUAUUAAUGAUGAAUUUUGGUUUGACACGGAUCAGCAGCCACUUUCCGACUGUGACUAAAUGAACAUGGGUUUCACAAAUCACUUCUUUUUUUUGCCACUCAUAAUGAAUGCUGUCUAAAAAUAAAUAUGAAUUAAUGUCAGUUGGAUUUUUUUAUUUAAAUAUAGUACUUUUUCCUAUACUGUAUGUGUCUCCUUUUAGAUUGCUGCCAUGCACAUAUGAUUGCCUUAUAUGACUGCAAAAUAUGGUUGUACAUAAACAAUAUCAAGAAUGUAAUUAAAAACCGUAUGA